AUGACUCAAGGUGCUACAAAGAAGAAACGGCAGCAAAAAAAAAGAAUUCAAAGGAUAAAAUUUCAGGAUGAAAUAACAAAGAAGAUUUCAGCUUUGUGGGAGCAAGAAAGAUUACAAGAGUGCUUGGAUUUUAUCAUUUCUCUUGAUGAUGAGUGGUUGAAAAAUUUAAAAGUCUAUUCUAUGAAAGUGCAUGCACUUGUAGGUUUGAAACGGUUUGAAGAGGUAUUGGCUUUGCAAAAACGACUCGAAGAAUUUGGACAUAAAACGACUUUGGCACUUGGUGAAUGGUUUAUGUUUGCUUAUGCUAACAGAAAGCAAAAUAAUAUUUUGGAAGCAUAUCUCCUUUAUAAAUAUGUGCAUGAUCAGAAGGGUGCAGUCUGUGUAGAUGAUGAAGCAUUCAAAAACUGUCUCAAAUGGAUAAAAAGACUACAACCGAAAGUUCAACCAGAUUUGGAUAGAAUUGCAGUGGAAAGAGCUAGUAAAUUUUUGGAUGAUGAGCGUGCUGCCUCCUCUUCCACAAGGCUGCAUCCACCCGACCAAGGCUGCAUCCACCCGACCAAGGCUGCAUCCACUUCGACCUUGGUUGCGUCCGCUUCGACUUUGGCGAUCCCUUCUUUGACCUUGGAUCCCUCAUCUUUGGGUGUGGAUGCCUCUUCCCAAAAAAUGAUGAAGUUUACAGAGGAUGGUGUGAUAUACUUUGAAAUGACCCAGCUUGAUGAAUUUUCAUAUCUUGGUGUAAUGAAGAUAGGCGGGAGUUCUUUUCCCAAGUCGUAUAUCAAAAUUGGCGAGAAUUCUACUUCAGAUGUCUCAAUUAGGCUUAAGAAAAACUCAUGCCUAUUGAAAAUUGAAUUUUCAAUGUAUUUCCACUCCCUUUCCAGUAGGGUAGCAAUUGUUGAGCCGGUCCGUCCAGUAAAAGUGUUCUUUGAAUUGAAGCUUGAAGAUUUCAAAUCGGAAGCAAUGGCUCAAACUUGUAAAAAAUGGUGGGAAUAUAUCAAAGACGACUUUCUAUCAAUAUUUCGAGGCGUAAUAUGUGUCUGUAGUGAUCUGGAAAAAUCACUCUACGUUACUGAGGAGGGAGAAGCCAAAAUAUUGCAUAUUUCUCAAGAAAAAUUUACAUUCAGUCAAGCGCAAAAAGAAGUGUCUGAUUUGUUGUCCAUUAUUGAAGGAGUCAUUACUUUGAUAAGACCAAGAUCAAGACCAGAUUUGGAAACUUGGCGUAAAGAAUUUGAGCUAUCUUAUGAACUGCCUUUAGAAUUAGGUCAUUUUUUAAACAGCUUAAGAGUCAGGAAAAUAUGUGAUAACAUUCAUCCAAUGUUGUUGAUUGAUCACCCGUUUAUCUGGUCGAUAAAUCAUCGGGUUUCAUUCAUCCAGUCUCUUGAAGUGGCUAUUAAAGAAAGGUUAAUCAAUGAGAAGGCUUUCAAUAAUGAAAUGACUCCGAAUUUUAGGACUCAAAAUUGGAGGAUUGAAGUCUCAAAUGACUUGUUAUUGUCAGCAACUUUUAUGUUAAACCAUUUCGUGUCAUUAAUUUUAUUCAUGCAGUGUUUUCCCAUGCUAAUGACUAUCAAUAUGAUACUAUACGCGGGAAAAAGGGUGGUUUGACUCUUGAGGAAAGAGAAAGUCUAAUUACAAAAGUG